ACUGUUUGGUGCUGAUGCUGCUGCCAUUUCAUCAGUUCUGUGAUCUCGCCUGCAUCUCUCCCCUUCGCUGCCCCUCCAUCUUUGAAGCGCUGGGUAUCUUUUUUUUCCGGGGGGGGGGGGCAGAACGCAAACAGGAAGGUGGAUGUUCUCUACUCUCUUGGAGGCAAACGAAACCCACCUGGUGCUAACCAGAUGUCCUUGAGAAGCAUCCCUCCUUCCUCCUGACAUAUUUCCGACGGAAAGCUUCAAGGUAACUGCCUUGCCAGGUCCUUCGCUCCCCUCUGCCUCGCAAGAAGGCCCGGACGGGCUUGGAGCAUCCGGCCUGCCUUAGGUGGAGGAUGGAGCCUCGUUUGAGGACAAUAUUCCUAAGAGCCUUCCUCCUGCAGCUCUCCAAGGACCGGUUGCCUGGCGGAUCCCUGGGGGAGCGCUGAGACAGCAGCCGGGAGGUCGUCUUGCUGAGAGCCUUUGUGGGGGCUUGGGGUAAAAACAAAAAACCAAGAACUAAACAAGAACAGCAACCCACCACCACCGAAGCCAAGGGCUUGAGAAAGAGGAGAGGAGGGGCGCGCGCGCGCGUUUUCUGUCAUUGCAAACGGCAAGACCCCUUCCUUGGCAAAAAUGAGAGGGGCGGCUCUUCGGCUGAGCGGUGUGACGGGCUGACGGUCAGAAAGGAUGCGUUGUUAUUGUCUUGCUUUAAAAAGAAAUGUGCUGCUUUGGCUCGAGGGAAGGGGAGAGAAGGCGCUUAGGUGAGGAGUCUCAGACCCCCUGACCUUUCCGUCCACUUUCAGCAGGAACAUUUGUGAAGUGUGUGUGUGUGUGUGUGUGUGUGUGUGUAGAACACCGGCAGCACCAGCCUAGGAGUCUACUCCCACGCGGCCACGUUCUGUAGGACCUGCCCCUCUUCCUCUUCCUCCGCCUCCAGAGAAGACCUCCUGCGACAAGGACCGCGUCGCUUCCCCCUUUUUCUCCCCUGCUCGCUCGUUCUCCCAGGAGACGAGAAGAAGCCGCAAAAGGGGACGGAAGAGGAACGCCGCCCAGUGGCCGGUGCGUGCGCGCCGGCGCGCUCCUCAACCAGUCCUCGCUCUCCAACGCGGCGCCCCAUCCGCCUUGCGGGCCGCCGGGAGGGCAGCCUCGAGUUGCUAGAGGUGGCGGGGGCCCCUCCUGGGUCGGGUAUGAAAGGCUUGUAUUAGGCUCGCUCCUGCUUCCCUGCGCCAGGCUUGUGCGCCUCGACGGAAGACGCUGCGCCUCCGGCAUCCGCGUGGUUGGUCUCUCCGGGGGCGAAGACGCAGCGGCGGCGGCACCGACACCACCACCACCAAGCGCCGGCUCCGGAGCUACCCCGCCUGGGGAAGGUGGAGCAUGGAGGCCAUUUGGCUCUACCAGUUCCGCCUGAUCGUCAUCGGGGACUCCACCGUGGGCAAAUCCUGCCUCAUCCGCCGCUUCACCGAAGGGCGCUUCGCCCAAGUCUCCGACCCCACCGUGGGUGUGGAUUUCUUCUCCCGCUUGGUGGAGAUAGAGCCAGGCAAAAGAAUCAAGCUGCAGAUCUGGGACACCGCCGGACAGGAGAGAUUCAGAUCAAUUACCAGAGCCUACUACAGGAACUCAGUUGGCGGUCUGCUCCUCUUUGACAUUACAAACCGCAGGUCCUUCCAGAAUGUUCACGAGUGGCUAGAGGAGACCAAAGCGCACGUCCAGCCUUACCAGAUCGUGUUCGUUUUGGUGGGCCACAAAUGCGACCUAGACACUCAGCGGCAAGUGACCCGGCACGAGGCUGAAAAACUGGCUCUUGCUUAUGGCAUGAAGUACAUUGAAACCUCCGCCCGGGAUGCCAUUAAUGUGGAGAAAGCUUUCACCGACCUGACUCGAGACAUAUAUGAGCUUGUUAAGAGAGGCGAAAUUACUAUCCAGGAGGGCUGGGAAGGGGUGAAGAGUGGGUUUGUCCCAAACGUAGUCCACUCCUCAGAAGAGGUGGUGAAAUCAGACAGGAGAUGUCUGUGCUAAUUGCUUAACGAAAGCAAGGAGAGAUUAUUGCUGAACUUUACUAACCAAAACAUACCCUGCUAUACAAACUUGUCGUGUGACAGAAGAGAAUGUGACAGUAGUAUGGCAAGUACCAAUGCCUGGUGCUUUGAACCUCUGAAGAAUAGAAUCGUGAAGGGCUGUAACCCCCUGUUAUGUAGGAAUGAACCCAGAUGCAUGCUUAUAUUGUAGGAGAUGGGGUAACGUUAAGAGCAGAAAAGAUCCGAUAGGGGUAGUAAAUAUCAGGGAAUUUUACAAACCCUGUUUUAAAUAAAUCUGUCAUUCAGUG